GCGGCCGAGCCGUCAGUCCCGCCCUCGGUUCUUUCGCGUUUUCGGUCAGUCUCCGUUCGAGGUUCGGACGGUGAGGUGUACAAAGCGCGUGCGCGCACCGGUUACUGUGGCGUACUGCGAGGUUAUCAUGGACGCGCCCGGCGGAGCGCGAGAGCCCCGCUUUGGGUCGCCGUACGGUAUGGGACUGCUGGAGAUGCCGGAUAUGUACGGCGCUGGCCGGCCACCAAGUUCGCUCGGUGGAGGCCUAAGGCCUGGGAUGCAGCCCUGUCCCAUGCCCCGGGCUGGAGUGAAGAGACCCUCGGAUCAGUGCUAUGAUGAACGUCCCUCUCAGAGUGUCAAUUUGGAGCAUUGCCCGAUGCCGGAUAUUGCAGAUGACGGCUAUGGUUCCCUGCAGCCCAAGAAGUCACCACCGUCUAAUGGCAAAAAGACUAAGGGUCGUGUGAAGAUUAAGAUGGAGUAUAUAGAUAACAAACUGCGGCGGUACACCACGUUUUCUAAGCGGAAGACAGGAAUAAUGAAGAAGGCAUAUGAAUUGUCAACACUGACGGGUACACAAGUGAUGCUACUAGUCGCCUCUGAGACUGGCCACGUAUACACCUUCGCGACGCGGAAACUCCAACCGAUGAUCACAUCAGAUGCGGGCAAAAGGCUCAUCCAGACAUGUUUGAACUCGCCCGACCCGCCAACGACGAGCGAGCAGCGGAUGGCAGCCACCGGCUUCGAAGAAACCGAGCUGACUUAUAACGUAGUUGACGAGGAUAUGAAGGAGGACUCCGAGGGCGGCUGUGAGGAAUCAAAGAAAACGGCAAAGGACGAACCAGCAUCCUCUGGAGAAAGUGGCGAUGAGAGUGGGAGCGAGCCGGAGUCGCCCAGCGAGAAGCUGCUGGUCCAGAACCUCAAGCAAGAGUGGGUCGGCGACAGUGUGGAGAGAGAGGGCAAUAGAAGGGAACCCAAUAACCAAGCUGAAUCGCAAGCAUCGACCUCGUCAAAUACCCAAGAAGCUGACAGCAGUAAAUCGAGCCAGCGGCCUCUGACCAAGAUCUUGCCAAAAAUCGACCUGCCAGGCGGUGCUAUGCUGUAUCCGGGCGUGUUAGCCGGCUUGGACUCUUUGGGCCCGAAUAUUGGUCUAGGAAACCUGGCCAUGAAUUACCCGCACAGCUUCAUUUUAGGUCUUGCCAAUCAAGGGCAAGAAGGCGCUUCCUCGUCAAACCAGCAGUUCAUCACCAUACCGCUAUCCAUGAUGGCCGCCGCUUCCACCAACCCCACGUCGACCGCCACCAACGGGGGUCCAGUCAGCGCCUCUAGCGACGACAGCAGUGAACUACAAGAUCUGAGUACCGGCAGGAAGUGACGGAAUGAUCUUGAUACAAAAGCGUUGGAGCGGAUCCCGUCAUAUCUACUACCGAUAACCUACCAAAGUUUGAAUUUGGAUGAUACAAUAGUCGUCGUAACAUAAUAUCUAAUCCCUAUUAAAUUGUUAACAUUGGCUAAUUAUCCCGUUUGUAAGUUUUUUAAAGGCGAUUAAGGAGUUAUUUGUUUUAAUUUUUAACUUUACGCGUGAACCUUUUAAGUUGAUUAUUCAUUAUGUUGAUUUGACAUAAAACUCUUUACGUUAUCAGUGAAUCUUAAACUUGUCCAUUAGUCACUUCGUACUUUUUAUUUAUGCUUUGUAUGUCUAAUCCAAACAAAUGUGUAAGCACUUAGUAGAUUCAUGCUAUACCUAUUUUGUGUCUAAACUCUUUUAAUAUUAGAGUACUGAAUGUUUUAAUACAUAAAGUAUACAAUGAUUGAGUAUAUAUUUUUUUUUAUUAUGUGACAGACUAAUUUCUGUUGAAUAAAACUUACAAAUGGGGUUUUAGUUUAAUGCUGUAUGUAUUCUGUAACAUAAUCUAUGCUGCAAAACAGGUAUGAUUAUAAUCUGUUAAAAAAAAAGUAAGUUCCCUUUUUCUCAAAAAUAACGUUAACAAUUGGAUUGAAAUAAUAAUUAAACUAAAGAAUCAUUUUAUAUCUUUCUUGUUUUGCUAAUUUUUAGUCGAGGACUGUGUAACAGUUAAAAAUACUUAAUGAUAAGUUAACUUGUAAAAAAUGGGCUUAUUAAUAAUGCCUUGUAUACCCUUGCCGAUGUGAAAAUUAAAAAAAUGUAACCUCGUAUUGUAAAACUAUUAAAUUGUAAAAUCGAAAAUAUUUAAUUUAUUAUACUUAUAAGUAGAUAAGUCGAUAUUGUUUGUAUAAAAAAAAAUAACAAGUAUUUUUGUACCAAACAAUUAACUUUUAUUGGAACCACAAAAUAUUGAGAGUAUAGAAGGGUAUCUUUGUCUCUGUUUAUAUGACGCCGCCAAUGACAAACACCAAAUGAUAUUUGGCAUACCGUAAUAAAUACAAAUCACAAUCUUACUUUUUAUAUUUUGACUGCCAGAAAAAGUAAUUUUUAUGCAUAUCUAAUGUCAAGAAUAAGUGUACCAUUCUGUACUUUCGUUAUUUGUAAUAGGGAGGCAAUAUUUCAGAUGGUUGACCAAUAGAUCUUGUGCUAUCGGCGGGACGAAUAAGUAAUGGACAAUUGUUACAAAAAAUCCCACUAGCUAGAUUUAUUUGUUGUUCAGCCUUUAUUAGUUUUGGCAUUUUUUUUCUCUUGUAAAGUGACGCAGACGAAUAAAUUUUGCUAUGAUUAAAAUUGCAUUAGAAUUGCACCAUAUUUUCACUUGAAAUUCUAUCAUUAAGCCGUACAUGUGAACGUGGCUUUAGUCCUAGUCUGUUGGCUCUGUCUACCCCUCAAGAGAUAUAGACUUGUGCAUUCAUGUAUAUUUUACAUCAAAUUUGAUUAUAACGGUAACAAAAAUUUCAUAAUUUAAUUGUGCAGCACAAUUUUUCUUAACCGUAGAUUUGAUGGCUAGCUCAGAAUUAACAUUAAUGUAUAUGGUACAACCCACAUUUGUUUAUUGUUUAUUCGGAAGGCGGUAUGUAAAAUAAGAUGUUUUUGUUUAAAUAAAAAAAAAAUCCUUUUGAUAAAUUGUCUCCCUAAAAUUUUUAUUGCAUCUAAGCUAUAAUUCUGCUUAGUCAUUUGCAUUUUGCAUUAUGUUACAGAUUGUUUUAAGCUGUUUAAUUAUUUCUAUUUAAGUACUUAUCAUUAUUAGUUUGUCUUCUUACCAGUAUGUAAAGUUGCGGCCUUAUAACAAGCGGGCAAAACUUUAUUGAUUAGUGUCUUUGUUUUUUCAGUUAUAAUUUAAACUGCCCACUAUCAAACAAACCGCAUCCUUAUGAUGUAGGUAAAAUAAAUUUUCUAUUAAUUAAAGCAUUUACGUUGUAUUGUUUUGUCAGUAUUGAUAUUAUAAAUAUAAGGCCCUAUGUACACAGAAAAACGUGAGGUUUAUUUGUUUAAAAAAAAAAUUAUUAAUUUAUUAUUUUAAUAGAAACCAAACUGUGUAGGCUAAGGUGCCUUCAAUAAUUAUAACACUGAUGUAAUGAUUGUUUUUUUUUUUCUUAUUAUUAUUGUUCAUUUCAUUUCAACUUUUGUAGUAAAUUUUUUUAAAAAUAA